AUGGAAGACCCGCUGGGAGAAGCCACGUGCAGAUCUGUGGAGCGCAUUUUUGACGGCGUCUCGUUUAACAAAAGUGACAGGAAAAAGCUCCAGUUCGAGGACAAGAAGCUAAACCGCUUCUUCGAAAAUGGGAUGCUGAAUUACAGCCUGGUGGAGGUGGUGGGCGUGCCGGGCAGCGGAAAGACGCAGUUCGCCCUGACCCUCUGCGCAGAGCUCCUUUUAAAAAUGAUCGACGAGGAAAGACAGGCCAUCGUUUUUUACGUGUACUUUAACCGAAUGUUCCCCAUGCGCAGGCUGGAAGAAAUAAUUGAGAGCAAGUUGGGGUCGAGGAGGAGACGUGCCCAGGGGGGUGCAGACAAGGUGCGAAGAGGCAACGGGGCGUGUGGCUGCUCCCAGGGGGGGAAUGAAAAGAGGAUGGAGCAGAUGGAGCAGGUGGGAGAAGUAUGCACAACGGAGGAGGUGAGCCCGGCGGAGGAAGUGGGUAACCGUGGUGAGCUAGGCCAAACGCACCCAGAACACGCGCAGAACUUCCCCGCCAGAAGCGCCCUGAAAAACUUGUACAUACAAAAAAUAAACGACGAAAGGGACUUCUUCCAGUUAAUAAAAAAAGACAUACACUACAUUUUGAAGCACCACAAGAUUUCCCUCCUAGUGGUAGAUUCACUAAACUCUCUCUUUAAUGGGAAUGAUCACCUAGACGCUUACAGAAAGUGCCAGCUGUUUACAGGGGUGUCUCAAUCUCUAAAACAACUGGCGUAUGAAAAUAAUUUUUUUUUAUUAGUACUUAACAGCUGGCAGCCACGGAGGGACUACAUCCAUUUUUCCUUUAACAUUUUUGACUAUGUAAUUAACUCUUCCUUUUCCAACACGAUUAUAUUUUUGAAGAAGAGGAAGAGAAGUAAUGAAAUUGAUCGCAGGAUGACCAUCAGGUGUUCGGAGUUUUUACGCAAGUACAAAUCGAUGCGCUUCGAAAUUGGGGACUCGGGGUUCAGCGCGUCGUGA